UGCAGUGGAACAGUGUCAAGAAGAGGAGGCGAGAACAACCCCCGGACCGACCGAAGCCCACGUGCCGCUGCAUCCCGCGCCCAGUGCCUACAUCCCGCCGCCAUCGCCACCAUGCCCAAGAGAAAGGCUGAAGGGGAUGCUAAAGGAGGUAAAGCCAAGGUGAAGGACGCACCACAGAGAAGAUCCGUGAGCUUGUCUGCUAAUCCUGCUCCUCCAAAGCCAGAGCCCAAGCCUAAAAAGGCCCCUGCAAAGAAGGGAGAGAAGGUACCGAAAGGGAAAAAGGGAAAAGCUGAUGCUGGCAAGGAAGGGAAUAACCUUGCAGAAAAGGGAGAUGCCAACACAGACCAGGUACAGAAAGCCGAAGGUGCUGGAGACGCCAAGUGAAGUGUGUGCAUUUUUGAUAACUGUGUACUUCUAGUGACUGUACAGUUUGAAAUACUAUUUUUUAUCAAGUUUUAUUAAAAUGCAGAAUUUUGAUUGACUUUUUUUUUUUAAGCUAUGUUGUUAGCACACAGAACACUUCAUUGUUGUUUUGGGAGAUGGGACAUAUGUCACUAAUAGAAUGUCUCCAAAGCUGGAUUGAU